AUGGGUACCUUCGGAUCGCAGACGAGUGCCUACAACAGGCUAGUUACAGUCUUCGUCGCUGUAGGGUCGAUGACAUACGGCUACUGCUCCUCGAUCAUCUCGAGUACCAUCGGCCAGCCAGGAUGGUAUACCUAUUUCAACCUUCCACAAGAGGGCCAGCCCGGAUACGCAUCGACCACAACAUCCGCCAUAUCGACAGCCAACGGUAUAUACAGCGCCGGAGGUGCCGUCGGAUGUCUUCUCGUCAUGUGGUCUUGCGACUUCUUUGGCCGAAAGCGUAGCAUUCAGCUGGGCGCUUUCCUUGCCAUGUUUGGCGGGGCGCUCCAAGGGGGAGCCAACUCUCUCAGUAUGUUUCAGGCAGGACGUUUCAUCUGUGGCCUCGGAAUCGGUAUCUUGGUGACUGUCUGCCCCAUGUACCUGUCCGAGAUAUCGAGCGCUUUCCGUCGCGGGUGGCUGGUCGGCCACCAUGCCAUCUUCCUGGUCUUUGGAUACAUGCUUGCCGGCUGGGUUGGAUAUGCGUGCUACUUUGCGGAAGAUCAAGCAGGGACUUUUGGGUGGCGGUUUCCGCUCUGUCUGCAGUGUCUCGCACCGUUGAUCCUGCUUGUUGGCUCGCCGUGGGUUCCUCGUUCUCCGCGCUGGCUGAUCAGCAAGGGCAAGCAUCAAGAGGCACAAUUAAUCCUAGAGCGACUGCGCAAGUCUCCGGAUGAUCCCGACGAUCUUGUCGCCAGGGAAGAGUAUUACCAGACUGCCGAACAGAUUCGGCUGGAGAGGGAACGAUUAUCGGCCUACGGCAGUGCUUGGAAAGCCGUCGUCAAGAGAAAGUCGUAUCGGAAACGUAUGAUUAUUGGGUUCCUGACUCAAUGGGGGGCAGAGUUUGGUGGACCUCUGAUUAUCAACAACUACGCCGUGAUCUUGUAUACCAAUCUGGGAAUGACAGGCGGCAUGCCCUUGCUUCUCAGUGCAGUGUGGCUCACAACAGCGGGGAUUAUCUAUAACCCCCUUGGGGCUUGGCUUCACGACAAAAUCAACUCCCGGCGGAAGAUGUAUAUCACUGGCUUUGUGGGGAUCAUCAUCACCACAUCCUGCUUGGCCGCCAUGACAGCCGAGUAUGCCGGGACCAAGAACCGGGUUGGGAAUGGGUUUGGCAUUUUCUUCAUCUACCUCUAUCUGGCCUUCCAAGGAACCUUCUGUGAUACCACCAUGUAUCUCUACGUGUCUGAGAUAUUCCCAACCGAGAUCCGGCCAAUCGGCAUGGGCUUCUCAUUAUUUGGACAAUUCGCAGCUACACUGAUAUUGCUUGAGACAGCCCCAAUGGGCUUCAAUAAUGUCGGGUGGAAGUACUACCUGGUGAUCAUCUGCUGGUCUGCCUUUUUCAUUCCAGUGAUCUAUUUCUUUUUCCCGGAGACUGCCCGCCUGACCCUGGAGGAAGUGGCUCAGAACUUUGGCGAAGAGGUUGCUGUCCGUCUUACGGAUGCCACGGAUGAAGAGAAGGCACGGCUAGCACGGGAUCUCGCUCACUCCUCUCAGCCGUCCGGUGCAAAGAGAGGACGUGAGACCGUUGAAAGUCCCUCCAGCCAUGGAGUUUAGCCAGGAUCAUCUUCAGCUAAGUAUGCAUGAUGUACAUGGACGAGAUUGCGGAGAAUCACUAUCGUCAGGCUCGGUUGGUAACUCAGCGUUCCUCAGGAGGCUACCUAUUGUGGAGACCUCGACUAGUCUUGAGGGAUCUGAACCAAUGAGAUGACAGGAAGCGCGACGACGAGUUGACCGAGCGUCGGGUGGAUUGGUGAGUUGGAGCGAAUUGAUCGGUGGGACGAACAUGGUCGGGGAGGG